CUCUUUGAAAGACGGCUUCCUCUUAGAUCAAUCUGAUCUCCCUAUCGCUGCUCUGGCAAAUUUCUCCGGUGGACUACGGUCCAUCUUCUCCGGUCGACGAAUGCAAGCACCCUGGUUUGCCAUCCUCCUUUUUAUUAAUUUUCUUCAGGGUUUCAUAAAAAACCCUUGGAGUCGAUCAAACCUCACUAAAGAACUUCAGAAGAAAUCGAGUUUUGAAUAGUGAAAACGACGCUCGAAGGCGACGGUAGGCGCACCCUCACCCAGUCUCCCCUCGGUCCAGAAACUCUCGCCCUCUCUGUCCCCAUCGCUACUGCUCUGCUGCUAAGUGAAGUCCAAUAGGCUACAGGAAAUUUGGAUUCUUGGAAAUUUGGUAUGGAUGUUAAACAAAUAACUCAAGUAUUUGAGAGUUUGGCUAGUUUUGCAAGGAAAUGUUUUUUUGGCAUCCUUUCUGUAGCUGCCACACCUAAUCAUAUUGCCUUCAUAAUGGAUGGCAAUAGAAGAUACUCUAAGCAGCACAAUUUGAUUGAUGGGGCUGGACAUAGGGUUGGGUUUUCAUCAUUAAUGUCAAUGCUUAGAUACUGCUACGAGCUGGGGGUGAAGUAUGUGACAAUUUAUGCCUUUAGCAUAGAAAAUUUUAAACGAAGUCCUGAAGAAGUCCAAUCUUUGAUGGACUUGAUGGAGGAAAAGAUUGAAGGGUUGAUAAAAGAGGAGAGCAUAGUUAACCAAUAUGGUGUUAGGGUUUACUUCAUAGGAAACCUCAAACUCCUAAGCAGACCUGUGAGGUUGGCAGCAGAGAGGGCUAUGGAUGCAACUGCCAAGAACUCUAAAGCGGUGCUAUCAAUAUGUAUUGCAUAUACUUCCACUGACGAGAUUUUGCAUGCUGUUGAAGAAUCUUGUGAAGAAAGAUGGGGUAAAAUAAAAGUUUUGGAUGAUUGUGGAGCAGGAUAUGGGUUUAUGGAACUUGGGAACGAGAGAAAUCAGGAAAAAAAUACCAUUGAUGUGUCGGAUAUUGAAAGGCAUAUGUAUAUGGCUGUUGCACCUGACCCUGAUAUCAUAAUCCGUACAUCCGGUGUGACUCGUUUGAGUAAUUUUCUUUUGUGGCAGAGCACUAGCUGCCUCUUGUAUUCACCAUCUAUUAUGUGGCCAGAGAUUGGUUUCCGGCACCUGGUUCUGGCUGUUUUGGACUUCCAAAAGCAUUUCUAUUAUUUAAAUAGACAGAAGUUGACAUGAAGUGAAAUACAGAUUGAAAGGAAUUAAAUUUUAUGUGACUGAAUGGUUUUCUAGGAUUCAUAGCAGUAGUUGUUCCUUAACUUCUAUGCCCUGUUGUAUUCUAGUUCAAAUAUUGUUUCUGGGAUCGGUCCAGAUGUUUUAGUUAGUUUCCUUGGCCUCAGUUUCAAGAUCAUACGUUCAAUGUAUUAUACUUCAUUUAUAAGUUUUUGAAUACACGAAUUUUUAGUUCUC